AUGGCACAAUUCAGCUACGCAGAAUGGCAGCGGCUCAGGGACUUCCACUUCGAACUUGGCUUGAUCGGUGUCGGUUUCAUUGUCCUCGUGACCAUCCUGGGGGUUGUUAUGUACAGACUCAGCGCACAGACCCCCGUCAGCAAACUGGCUGCCCAUCCCUACGUCAAGUUUGUCUAUGCCUGCAUGCUCAAACCUCAUGACAGACGAUUCGAUCUUGGCCAGCAAGGAGCUCUUGAGAGCUUCUACUCUGCUCAGGCGAAUGUCUAUGACUCCACCCGAAAGCGUCUUUUACGAGGGAGAGAGGAUAUGCUCGCGAUCUUGGUCGCGAAGUUACAGGGCAAAAUGGCAGCCGGAGAAGGGUACAAGCCCGUGUGGUAUGACAUCGGCGGUGGUACCGGCUACAACAUCGAAGUCAUGGACAAAUUGGUGGGUAUUGAGGGCUUCUUUGAGCAUGUGUUCCUCGUCGAUCUCUCCACUUCCUUAUGCGAGGUCGCUCGAGAGCGAGUCCGUAAGAACGGCUGGAAGAAUGUCACGGUCCUGUGCCAGGAUGCGAGAUCCGUCGCGUGCACUCCGUCCUCGGCCGACCUGAUCACUAUGAGCUACAGCUUGUCCAUGAUCCCAGAUUUCUAUGGCGUGGUCGACAUGGUGUCGGGGUUUCUCUCCCCAAAAGGGCUGAUUGGCAUAUGUGACUUCUACGUGCAGAGCGUCGUGGAUAUCUCGUCAAGAAACUACUGCGGCGGGUCCUUUAAUCGCCAUGUCAAUUGGUUCGGUCGAAUGUUCUGGCGCACGUGGUUCGAUGCCGAUCGAGUCAACCUCGACGGUGGUCGUAGAGACUACGUCGAGUAUCGCUUCGGUACUGUCCUGUCAACAAGCCAGCGCAACUAUCCUCUCGGCGGCAUCCCAUACUAUAUCUUCAUCGGAUGUAGACGAGAUGCAGAAGCAUUCGCCGAACAAGGCCAGGAAGUGCUGGAAAGACUCGACGCGACUCUUACGGAAUCGCCGUACCUAUCCCCAAUGAAAUUCAAGGAGCAGCGGAACUUGGACGCUCAGCAGAGCAUUCCCCGGUCGAAGUCGUAUGAGUCGGCCAUUGUCAACUUGAGUAACGACCUGCCACUGCCUUCGGCUUUCUACCAACAGCACCAUUGGAGAAUCUACUACAACGACCUCUUGCAGAAACAUCAACAAUUCGGUAACGAGUAUAUCUACGCCUUCAACUGGGAAGAUCCCAAGGUCGACCACCAGCUUCUGAAUAUCGGCCAGGAUGACGUUAUCCUCACCAUCACCAGUGCUGGAGACAACAUCCUUGACUAUCUGCUCGAAAGACCGAAACGUAUCCACGCAGUCGAUUUGAACCCGAACCAAAACCACCUCCUCGAGCUGAAAGUUGCGGCCUUCACCGCCCUUCCCUACAACGAUGUCUGGCAACUAUUCGGCGAAGGCAAGCACGCGGAUUUCCGAAAUCUCCUUCUCUCCAGACUCAGUCCGCAUAUGUCCAGCCAGGCUUUCCAGUACUGGCUCAGUAAAUCCUACAUCUUUUCCUCCAAGGGGGGAUUGUAUGAGAGUGGGGGGUCCAGACACGCCAUUAAGCUCGUGCGAUGGCUGUUCAAGACAUUUGGACUCACGGCCAAAGUGCGUACAAUGUGUAAAGUGGAGACGCUGAACGAGCAGCGCGAGAUCUGGCCUCAGAUCCGGAAUCUCCUCCUCAGCUGGCCCUUGCACAAGACCGUGGUGUCUACGGAGUGGUGGGCAUGGAAAGCGGCUGGGGUUCCUCCAAACCAGCAUGCCCUCAUUAUCGACGACUACGCACAGCGGACGAAGCUGCCACGAACGAAGAAACUCUGCGGGGAAGCUAUCUGGCAAUACGUCGUCGACACUUUGGAUCCAGUGGUGGAAACGACGCAAAUUAGCAGGGACAACUACUUCUACUAUCUCUGCUUGCAAGGAAAGUUUUCGAGGAAGUGCCAUCCUCGCUACCUCGGCGUCAAAGCGCACACGGCGCUGUCAAAACCCGACGCAUUUGAUGGUCUACGCAUCCACACAGAUGAAAUUAUGGAAGUAAUCGCGAGGAUCAGCCCCUCGACACUGACCAUUGCCAUCCUCAUGGACUCGAUGGACUGGUUCGAUCCCAGUGACCCAGAAUCAGCUGCACUGGAGCAGGUUGUGGCUUUGAACAAAGUCCUCAAGCUCGGGGGCCGUGUCCUCUUCCGGUCUGCGGCAUUACGGCCGUGGUAUACAGACAUUUUUGAGCAGAAUGGCUUUAAUGCUACGUGCGUCGGCAGACGGGAUUCCGGGAAGUGUAUCGAUCGGGUCAACAUGUAUGCGUCCGCAUGGAUCUGCACAAAGAAAUUCGACAUCUCGACCAGUCCGCUCAUCCCUUCCAAGGAAAAGAGCGUCGCGGCGGCGACAUCGUUAGAGGAGUUGAAGAUCUAG